GGUUCUGAUUGUUUGCAACAAUGACAACAACGACAGAGCCAGGUUCUGUUAGUGCGACAGCAAAAGCCUCCCACUUCCCUUCACGUUUAGACACCAAGCCAGCCGAUAGCGCAGCCAAGAUUGUCUCCAGGUCAUCGCCAUCGAGAGGCCUAGUCACCUACACUCUCCAAAUCGGAUCCGUUCCUGUGCCUGAUGUUUCAGCGAGUGAGGUCACGGAUUACGUGUCAGCCCAUGAUUUGGAAGUCUUUGAAAACCAAGCCUUUGAGAGAGAAGCUGCAGAGGAAGAGGCUCGACAGAAGGCACGACUGGCCGAUAAAGCCCGAACCCGCCGGCUGAAGGGCGUAACUCACUCUGAUUCAGGCUCCGAUUCAUCAUCGGGGCGUGACGAGUCCGUAGGCGUAUCUAUCCUUGGCGGUGAAAGCGCUAGAGCAACAGCCAGAGGCAGACAGAGACCAACAUAUACCCAUUUCUACCCGAAACAACGAGCGCCACGGGGUUCUUCAAAACCCACGGUACCAAACAAAUCAAUCUCAUUGCAAGACAACGGCUCACACAAUAGAGACAACAAGAGACGCAGGCUGGAAGAGCACCGAGAUGGCAGUGUCUCGUCUGCACAGGACGUAGAGAGUAUCUACAGCAUAGCUUCUCCCGAACAACCCACUCAACCACCGUCGGCUAUGGAACAGGCAGCAGGCAUGAUCACGGACACACAGGAGGAGUCUGACCCAAUGGACCUGGACGACGAAUCUGACGACGACAUCGAAAUGCCGGUCCGACAACCCACAAGGAGCGUCUUAGCCGCGGCCGACGAGACAGUCAAGGGUGACGGCAAGGCUGCGGCGAGCAGCUUCUUCACUUUCAGAGACCGUGCUCCCCCUUCUGCCUCGAGGGUCACUGUGUCCGAUCCCUCGCAGCCCGCAUCUACCAAGGCCAAAACGUCCUCAACACCCGAAGUGCGAGUUACUGCACCUCUGGCGAAAGCGAGAGCAAGCACAUCGGUAUCUACACCUGCAUCAGCUUCUACAGUAAUGACAUCCCGACAACCCUCUGCUCCCGACCAACGACCCAUCACGACGGGAUCGAACGGCACUACAUCAUCCCGGGUAGCAGUCAUGAACCUCGACGACUCCGCAUCCGAUUCCGAAGACUCAGAAAUCUACUCUGUCGAGAGAAUCCUUGCACACAACCUUUCGGAUCCAAAAUCUCAUGACAGGGACAUCCAUGGGGAUAAGCCAGUCAUGCUUUAUCAGGUCAAGUGGGAGGGCUACGACGAGACGACUUGGGAGCCAGCAACGAGUUUCGAGGACAAGGAUGUGCUGCAGGAGUAUUGGACUCAGUACAAACAAAAGCAGAAGCAGAAACAGUUAGCUUCGUCAUGAUGGCAGACACGCGCACAGAGCCCAAGGAGGAGUUUGUGAGACAGGUCCGAGGAACUCAGACAAGGAAGGAUCAUUAUUGCUCUGAAACAAGCCAAAUUUGUAGCGAAACCAUGGCAGAACACGAGAAGAAAGCAUGCACACAAGGGAAUGGAUAAGCAAAAUGAAUGGCUGAACGACGGACCUCAAGGAUUUCAUUGAUAAGCAGGCGAACAAAACCACAAGUAUCACACUAUCGAAAGAUCACCGAGACCAGACCACCAUCUUCAAAUCAUGCU